UACGAGAGUCAGAGCCAGACGAAAGAAUCGCAUCGUCUGGCAUUUUACAAUUAGCAGUUUCAUCAAUCGUAGAUAUAUCCUGUUCAGUUAACCUAUCUAACAUUCUAACGUGAGUAAGACAAUCUUUAAACUAGAUUUUUCAUAUUGUGAAUCGUUGUGAAAUUAAACUAAGCUUAUCUAGAUCUACCAACUACAAUCAUGAAACGUGAUUUAAUCGCCGGUAAAGUAACAUGUCUUCUGAUGUGCAUCCUAUCGAGUGUCUUUUCUCAGCAAACACUUACAAACUCAAGCAACCUGCCACAAAUUACGUUCAUCACAUCGAAAUUAAACUCAACUAUUGGAAAACCAGCAGAACUUCUGUGUGUAGCAGACACUUUGCAUGCUGACGAUUCCAUGAUCUGGAAAAGAAUACUCUUCGACUCGCCGAAUUCCACCGCAGAAUCAAUAGACAGCGAAAACCACCAAAUCAACGUUAAUUUUGAUUCUACAAAUCGCACCUGCCAUUUAAAAAUUCGUCAAGUUCAGGUAAGCGAUCUUGGAACUUAUAUUUGCGAAAUACAACCCUAUAAUGUUUCUCGAUCAACGCAACUGGAAGUUUUCGGGCAUCCAUAUUUUUACAACAGAAAUGUUACUGAAGUUUUUAAAGUUUAUUCGAACUCGACCGUUUCGCUCGACUGCGAUGCUGGUGGCAUACCGCAACCCAACGUGUAUUUCCAGCAUUACUCGCAUUUCUAUGGCGAUCCCAUGAGCACCUCAAACUCUUCGGUUUUAAAAUUCGAUAAAAUUACUAAACAAGAUACAGGGAUAUACAACUGCAUCGCGCAGAACUCGAUCGGAAACGUUGUACGGAAUUUCGAAGUUAAACUUUUGCAAUAUGCACCUGUAAUUCACGAGUGUGCAUUGAGGAAAGUCGUAAAGUUAACCACAUUUUUGGUAUGCAAAGUAGAAUCUCACGUUAAACCUGAGAUUUCCUGGUUCAAAGAUGGUCUACCGUUACACUUGGAAGAUAAUUCGACGUUUGUGUUGAACGUACAGAUGUUCGAAAAAGAGGUUGACUUAUACGAUGUGACAUUGAGGAUAAACAAUACUCUCACCUGGCAGUAUGGAGUGUACUCAGUUAGAGCUCGAAAUGAAAUCGGAGAGGAUGAAAUGACUGGUGUUGAAUUUUUGUUGAAAAUUUCAGAAAUGCCAAAUGAAAAUUUCAAGCCCACAUCGAAUGGUUUCGUUGUUUGGUUAUUAAUUUUUUCGGCAGUUGUUAUUUUACUGCUGAUCGGAAUAGUGUGUAUGCUUAAAUUCUUGACUAGAUUUUUCUUGUUAUUUCGUAUGAUUUAGAUGGUACAUAUACUCACCUCUAUAUUUCACUGUACCUAUUUGUACGUACACAAUUGCACAUUCCGCUUGUAAUUUGCUUCAGAAAUGAGCUGUAGAAUUGUAGAUAUGAGGAGCUGAGAAUCAAAACUCACAUUUUCCAAAAAAAAAAAACCGUUUUUAUGGCAGAUUUGGAUAUACCGUUUUACACUCUAUAAUGUGACAUAUUCGGUUUUUUUGGAUCAAAGUCAUUUUGGUGUGAAAUUCACUUUCAAAACCAAGGGUUAGAAUCAAAACUCACAUUGGCCAAUGAAAACUUAGUUUUGUUUGCAAAAUUCCAUAGGGAAAAGUUUGAUAACAAGCUGAAUUUUGGUACACGGGGGUUUUUUGAUACGCUGAACACGAAUUUGGGGUGUCCAGGUGAAUCCGGUGUACGCUUCUCCCUUUUUUGUGGACCUUAAACCCCCAAAUUUGUUUUUAAGCGUUCAGGUCCGAAAAUAUGCAAUUUUAUGCAAAAUGCUUCUCAUCGAUUUCGUUUCACUAUUCCACGUCGAAUGAAGAGUCAGCGAAGUUUCCCACCCCAAAGGGGGUUGACCUAUGGUCACUCAAAGUAGGGGUGCACAGUGGACUGUAAGCACCCUCAAAACGGGCGUAAUUCAAAAACAUACAAUGAACCCUAAAAAAAUGGUACAAUGGUAUUCUCCCUUAUGUUUUUUGGGUCGCAGAAUACGAAU